ACGAUUAUCGACUGAUUUUCAUCCGGCUUCGAUCUGUGACAGCUAAAAUUAUAAAGUGGGUGGUGGAGCAAUCCAUCUUUAGUUCCUAGGAAUUAGAACAAGUUAUGGAACUAGAAAAUAUCGUAGCCAACACUGUGUUUAUCAAAGCAAGAGAAAGUAAAAAUAAAGGACGGAGCAAAAAAUGGCGAGAAUUACUGAAGUUCCCGCAUUAUACUCAAUGCAGCUAUCUGCGAACCGAAUUGGCUCCCAAUUACAUUCGCAACUGCGAAAAAGAACCCAUAGGCAGAGAAUUAUUCCGAAUGUUCUGCGCUCAAGAACGCGAGUUUCAACUGGCCAUCGAUUUCCUUGAUUUAGUCGACAAAUACGAGAAAGCCGACUCUACUAAGCGACCAGAACUGGCGCGAGAUGUCACAAGACUAUAUUUACAACCGCAGGAAGAUAAUGGCGAGGAAGACCUGACAGUAUGCAGAGCUCCAGGGGUCCUGGAUGAUACUGCUAGCAAUGCGUAUAGCUUCGUCUCAAGAUCUUCUGAUGAGGAAUUCACCAUUAAUAUCUUCAGGGAUGCAGUUAGGGAAGUGAAGGAUUUCCUCUCUGACAAACCCUUCGCAGCAUAUCUAGAUUCCUAUUAUUUCUUGCGCUAUUUACAAUGGAAGUGGUUAGAAAGACAACCUGUCACAAAAAAGACAUUCCGACAUUACAGGGUCCUGGGUAAAGGGGGUUUUGGGGAGGUGUGUGCUUGCCAAAGUAAAAUCAGUGGCAAAAUGUAUGCAAUGAAGAAAUUGGAAAAGAAAAGAAUAAAGAGGAGAAAAGGAGAAGCAAUGGCUCUGAAUGAGAAAACUCUAUUGGAAAAAAUUGACAGUAUAUUUGUGGUCAGCCUUGCUUAUGCUUAUGAAACGAAAGAUGCACUGUGUAUGGUGCUCACCCUAAUGAAUGGGGGCGACCUUAAGUUCCAUGUGCAUAACAUGGGGAACCCUGGUUUCGAGGAGGAAAGAGCUGUAUUUUAUGCAGCACAAGUCACAUUAGGUUUGAUACAUCUCCACUCUCAACGGAUAGUCUACAGAGACUUGAAACCUGAAAACCUUCUCCUUGAUGACUAUGGCCAUGUCCGCAUAUCAGACCUUGGGCUUGCUGUGCAAAUACGCAAUGGGGAGACAAUACGUGGUCGUGUUGGUACCAUUGGGUAUAUGGCCCCUGAGGUUGUGAAGAACGAACGUUACACCUUCUCGCCUGAUUGGUGGGGACUAGGGUGCCUUAUCUAUGAAAUGAUCCAAGGAAAGUCACCUUUCAGAGCAAGAAAAGAAAAAGUUAAGCGAGAAGAAGUUGAGAGGAGAGUGAAAGAGGACCAGGAAACAUACUCUGACAAAUUCACUUCAUACGCCAGAUCAAUAUGCGUGCAGACUCUACAGAAAGAUCCUACCAAUCGGUUAGGGUGCAAGGAAGAUGAAGACAUCCGCAAUCAUCCUUUCUUCAGGAGUGUUUUAUGGAAGCAGCUUGAAGCAGGCCUUAUCCCGCCACCUUUUGUCCCAGAUCCCCGGGCGGUGUACUGCAAAGAUGUUCUGGACAUUGAGCAGUUCUCCUCAGUCAAGGGAGUCAGAAUAGAUGAGAGCGAUGAGGAAUUCUACCGACGCUUUGCAUCCGGGUCCGUCCCGAUUCCCUGGCAACAUGAGAUGAUCGAGAUGGAAUGCUUUAAGGAGCUCAACACCAUGUUCCUUCCCACGGGGGAGCCCACCCCUGACCUGACGGGAGAGGCCCCCCCGGAACCACCCAAAAAGUCUAGCUGCUCUUGUUUUGGCGGAGACGACGAUCUAUAACGCUUCUGGUUUUCUAGUGCUUGUUUAACAGCACAAGACUGGACCAUACGUAAGGUCCCUCGCCAGCCUACGAGACGUGGACACGGACUUUUAUCCCAGUAAACGACCAAGCUGCGGGCGAGACAGGUCAGCUGUCGUCCCUGGGUUACAUGGCGUGUCUUCUACCUUGAGCAUUGCAUGAAGUUUGCUCUUUAAAGCUCUUCCAAUUAGAAAUAUUGCCACCCGCCUGUUGUACAAAGUCACCUACGACCUAUUCUUCUACUCCGAUUUCUAUCAAAGUUGAUGGUGAUUACUUGGCAGUCCCCAAUCACAUGGGAUAUCGUUUAUUUUCCAUGUUGUAUGGCGGGUGAUGGACACCAUGAUGAUCCGAAAUAGGAUCAAAAUGAAGUAUUAGAAUUUCUGCCUCGUUUUGUUACGAAAUAGAAUUUGGCGAAUAAACAAUUCGUCUUUUAACUACUGAUUAUAGCUAGCAAAUUUGGAAAGACAAAUAUCAAAAGAUGGUUAGUAUUAUUGACACAUCGGACAGUUUGUAGUUAAAAUGGUUUCAAUGUAAUUGGUGCAAUUUGUACAGGACUUCUUGUUUCAGCAGUGACCUCACUGUAAAAAAAAAUAUUUUGCAUUUUAUGAGAAUUAAGAAUUUUCCGGGGCCAUUGUAAAGACUGCGGAUAUCGGCCCUCAAACAUCCGCGCAUGGGUUAUUGAAUUGUUUAGGAAGCUGCUAGUUUUACUUGGUUCGAGGUAGCCAUUUCGUUCUUGCGUAUAGUACCAUGAAUUUCGUCAAGCUCUAUGUUUUUUUCCUUCAUUUUUUUUUACUAUACUCUAGUACGUCACCUUUGCAGUGACUGUAGCGAUGUACUAGAGUAUAGCUUAUUUGUUCUGGACCCUACAUGGUAAUUUCUUGUAGUCCUACGCUGUUUUUUAGAGCUUGAGCUGAUACCCUUCAUCAGGCGAUAAUAUGGAAUCAUUUUUCAUUCCGUAUUCUCGGGUCCCUUUUAUUUCAUUACCUGAAAACUUGCAUGUUUAGGAUAUAAACACUAUGAAGUUAAGACAUCUACAAAGUAUACUUACUUAUACGUAUGCUGCAUCGUGCCAUUUCAGUUGUACAAAGUGUGAACAUGGCUUACAUGUGACUUGUACAAAGCGUAAGUGUGAGCUGUACCUAGGUAUGCACAUGGCGUAUAUUGUACUCAGUGUACAUGUAGAUGCACUUCGGGCCAUCCACCUUCCAUGCGAAAUGAUUUGGCGAGAGGUGCAUUUUAACUUGCCAUUACAACCUGAGGCUGCCAAGGACCCGAAAAGCUCGCUUCCGUUGCGUUGUAGCACGCGCAUAUUAGUUCAUAUUAGUUCAGUUGCUCUUUACUGUUCUUUACCGUAGGCUUUUACAGUGUAAAUAUUGCACAAUAUGAGGCCAGUAUGUCGUCCAGUGCUACUGCUAACCAGACUUCUUGAAGAUCUCCUUAAGUUUAACAUACCAGCUUUGUGAGUACUUAAUUUUAUUUUGACACACAACACUUUGAACUCACAUACCAACUAGAAAUUUUUAUCGGUAUCAGUAAAUUCGUUUAUUCUUCUACUUGAUUGAUGCUAAUGUUAUGUUUUGAAUAAGCUUCCAACUUAUCAAUCUGGGAGAGACAUGAUAACUUGAAAAAAGACACUGCUUUUUCAUGAUUGUCAUGGCAUUCUCACAAAGUUCCCCGUUACAUUUCAAGUUUAAUAUGAUACUCCUCUAUACUGACUUAAAGCUCUUCGGAAAUAGACUGGUACUCUAGACAAUCACUCCCUGGACAAGAUUUUUUAAUUUGCACAAUGCUCGAACAAGUUGGCAGUAGCACUGAAAUGCAUACAUGUCCACCCUUCAGGUAGACCGGUAAAAAUUAUCAAUGUUUUCUUCUUACUUGUGGUAUCUACCCACCCAUUCACAUGUUCACAGAGCUGAAAAGAAUUCUUUUCGAAGGUGUUUUUGAAUUGAAUAUAGUUGUGGUACAACCACACAUUGAUUACUGCACAUUCGUUAAUGGAUUGAUAAACAAAUUUAGACACUGAAAAACAUGCUUUUAUUCUAGAUGCUUCAGUGCAAUUGUGGGAAUCGAGUUCGUCAGGCAAUAUAGAAGACAUGUUGCAAACACCUUAUGUGACAGCAAAAUCAACAAAUGGGAGGUGGUUUUUUAGUUGAAUUUAUGAAGCCUUUCAAACUCUUUUCCUAGUGCCCUUGCAUGCUUUGCUGUUGAUAGCACUAUGGCUCAGUUAGCCUCUUUAUACAUAGGGAAACGUAAUGAAGUAUCAUUUUAUUUGAAAUACAAUAGUGUUGUCUUAAUAUAGUUCAACUCAGGCACA